AUGCAGUUCCAGGCUCUUAUCACUGUUCUUUUCGCCUCUGCCGCUCUUGCCAGCAGCGGCCCCCCGGCCCGCUCUGGUCCCGGAAACUCGAGAGGAAGACGCGACCUCACCCCCGGUGGCUCCCUCCUCCCUCGUGCCUGGCUUUCUAGCCUCGGUCUUUCAGCCGCUGAAGCCGAUGUCACCAAGCGCGAUAUCGCUCCCGAGACUGACUUCGAGGUCGUCAAGCGCGAGGCCGAUCCCGAGGCCGAUCCCGAGGCUAUCGAGAUUAACGAGUCUUGA